AAUCAUUAUUCUAAUACAAUCACAGGUCAAAACCCAGAGUUUGGUACAUAAAUUGAAGCCCAUAUACGGUCCAAAAAGUGGCACUUCUCAGUUCUCACACAAACCCUCAACAUCUCGAUUAAUUCCAACCAUGUCCCUUGACGCUGAUUCACCGUCUCCUUCCACCAGCAGAGACUGGUUCUUCCCAUCACCGUCCUUCAUCCACUCCUCACAUCCCUCCAGAAAUCCUACCAGAAGGUUCUCCACAUACACUAGACCUUCCAAACCCUACGUUUCCGACUCCAAGCCCCCCAGACCGACGUCGUUUCGGAGCUUCUCGCACUCGAGUUCCGUCCCUCAUCGAGACCCCCAGUAUGCUGGAAUACGACGCCGGAUCGACUUCGCUCGCCGGAGCGAGAUGUCUCCGAGCACGGACGAUUCCGGCGGCCGAAGACCGGUCGCUGUUUCGGAGAAAUGUGAGGUUUCAGAGGAUAAAACGGCCGUCGGGAAGAAAUGUACCGGUUUGGUCGGUGGUCGGUUGAAGUUUCGGUGGCAGAUGGCCUUUUCUGUUGCGAUUUUGAUAACAGUGUUCUCUUCUUUACUCCACAAGAACUUUUCUUUACACAACCAAGUUUUUGAUCUACAGGAUCAGAUUUCCAAACUCAAUAUGAGAUUAAAUGAUUGCAAUUUGGUGGAAUCUGUGGAUUUUACCGAUUCGGGUCCACAAGAGAGUGAUCAUCUUCCCAACAAAAUCUUGAAAAAGUCGGCUCUAGUUGUUUCACUCACACUUUUAUCUAUCCCUUUACUUUUUUUCAAAUAUGUUGACCAUGUCUCCAAAUUAAGAAGAUCGCCAAACAAAAUCACAGAAGAAAUAUCUUUAAGUAAGCAGUUAGCUUAUUGGGUAGAUGCAAGUUUUUCAGUCAACCCAUACGCUAAGCCAUUGGCAUUGUUAGUUGCAACCCUGCUACUGAUUUGUCUUGGUGGACUGGCACUGUUUGGUGUGACAGAUGAUAGCUUAGCAGACUGCCUAUGGUUAUCUUGGACAUACGUUGCAGAUUCAGGCAACCAUGCUAACUCUGAAGGCAUUGGUCCAAGGCUAGUUUCAGUUUCCAUUAGUUUUGGUGGGAUGCUUAUAUUUGCAAUGAUGCUUGGACUUGUUUCUGAUGCAAUCUCUGAGAAGUUCGACUCACUGAGGAAAGGAAGAAGUGAGGUGGUUGAGCAAAACCACACACUAAUCCUUGGGUGGAGUGAUAAAUUGGGAUCUCUACUGAAUCAACUUGCUAUAGCCAAUGAGAGUUUGGGUGGCGGUACUGUUGUAGUGAUGGCUGAGCGGGACAAGGAAGAGAUGGAACUUGACAUUUCUAAAAUGGAGUUUGAUUUCAGAGGAACAUCUGUCAUAUGCAGAAGUGGAAGCCCUCUUAUCUUAGCUGACCUGAAAAAGGUUUCUGUCUCCAAGGCCCGUGCAAUAGUUGUCCUUGCUGAAGAUGGGAAUGCUGACCAGAGUGAUGCCCGCGCACUUAGAACAGUUCUAAGCCUCACAGGAGUGAAAGAAGGACUACGGGCCCACAUAGUGGUGGAACUGAGUGAUCUUGACAAUGAGGUCCUUGUUAAACUCGUCGGCGGAGAUCUUGUUGAAACAGUUGUAGCACAUGAUGUAAUUGGCCGCCUGAUGAUUCAAUGUGCUCGGCAGCCAGGACUUGCACAGGUCAUUUUAGUAAAUCUAGUUCCUAUCUGGGAAGAUAUACUUGGGUUUGAAAAUUGUGAGUUCUACAUCAAAAGAUGGCCACAGUUGGAUGGAAUGCAAUUCGAGGAUGUAUUGAUCAGCUUCCCAGAUGCUAUUCCUUGUGGAGUCAAGGUUUCUUCCUGUGGUGGAAAAAUUAUUUUGAAUCCUGAUGAUUCUUAUGUUCUACAAGAAGGUGACGAAGUUCUUGUUAUAGCGGAGGAUGAUGAUACCUAUGCUCCAACAACAUUGCCUACGGUCAAAGAAGCACCAUUCAUACACAUUGCCCGACCAGCAAGAAAGCCCCAGAAGAUUCUACUUUGUGGAUGGAGGCGGGACAUUGAUGAUAUGAUUGUGGUAUUGGAUGCUUCCUUAGCGUCUGGUUCAGAGUUGUGGAUGUUCAAUGAAGUUCUCGAGAAGGAGAGGGAAAAGAAGCUUAUUGAUGGUGGCCUCGACAUUGACCGGUUGGUGAAUAUAUCACUAGUUAAUCGUGAAGGAAAUGCUGUUAUACGGCGUCACCUGGAAAGCCUUCCCUUGGAAUCUUUUGAUUCAAUCUUAAUUCUGGCUGAUGAAUCAGUGGAAGAUUCAGCCAUUCAAGCUGAUUCCAGAUCUCUUGCAACAUUGCUAUUGAUUCGUGAUAUUCAGGCAAAGCGCCUCCCAUACAGAGAAGCCAUGGGUUCCCAAGUUCACAGAGGCAGCUUCUCACAAGGCUCUUGGAUAGGGGAAAUGCAGCAGGCUUCGGAUAAAUCUGUUAUCAUCAGUGAAAUUCUGGACCCAAGGACGAAAAAUCUAUUAUCUAUGUCAAGGAUCAGCGACUAUGUGCUAUCAAAUGAGCUUGUCAGCAUGGCAUUGGCCAUGGUUGCAGAGGACCGCCAAAUAAAUGAUGUACUGGAAGAGCUUUUUGCAGAAGAGGGCAAUGAGAUGUAUAUAAGGCAAGCAGAUCUCUACCUCCAUGAAGGUGAGGAACUGAGUUUUUAUGAAAUACUACUACGUGCCCGACAGAGGAGAGAGAUCAUGAUCGGGUACCGUCUAGCUAAUGAAGAGAAAGCAGUCAUCAAUCCCCCAGCCAAAAACGAGAGACGGAUGUGGUCAGUGAAGGAUGUUUUUGUAGUAAUCGCAGAGAAGGAAUGAGGAUUUCACAUUCCAUCUUGCACUAACUGGGAAUAUAGUUGGAAUGGCGACACUAAGUGUUGAAAAUCAGAGGUAGGGGUUUUAAGAUCUUCACUCGAGUAACGAGGUAGUGUAGUGAUACAAAUACGACUGCUAUGGAGAGAGGAACAACAACAAUGAGUCCCAUCUAGACCUCCUUCGCUGAGUUAUUGUUCAAAUAAUUUGACUGACCACAUGGUUACCGUUAGGGAGAUCAAUUUCUUCUUUAGCAUCGUUCGGGUUUUCAUAGAUCACACUCGAUGCUCUGCACAGCUGAAAAUCGUAUACCAUCCUGCCUCUCGAUUCUACAGAGCAGAAGUUAAUAGGAGGGAAAGUAGCGUCCUCCGAACGAAUCACUGCCCAAUGGACUAAGAGCAAGUCUGGAAUCUCAUUUGUAUCAGUUGCUUGUUCCUCAGAUGUAAAUAGAUCACAACUGGUUUUGUUAGUAAAUUAAUUAAAUAUAUGUAAUUCUUAUUGAUAGUACUCUCUCUAGGUCACACAAUCUCUCUGAACAGAUGUCGCUUCUGUGCGAUCGCUCAAAUUCUCACUGCUUAUGACUUAAUUU